UCUACCUAACCUCUUCUUCGUCUUUUCUUAAUGUUCUUCAUUCUCUUCACCUUCUCGUUGUGCUUUAAGUUCUGCGCAACUGUUUCUUUUUAGUUUUUUGUUGGUUCUGCACUACUCAACCCAACCCACACAAUGUCGUGAACAUGUGCAUUCGAAAACCGACGUAAAUAACAACGUCCAGUCGGAUUAUUGGAUUUCUGCUUGACGGUUCCGCUCUUUGAAGUGAUUCGUUGGAAAGUGUGUGGAGUUGAUUUGCUGCUUUUUAUCAAUCUUUGAUUAUUUACCGUUGUGAAACAAAAUUAUCAACUAGCUGGGAAACUCUGUUUGGUUGAUCUUCAUCAAGUUUCACGUCUUGUUUUUAAUGAGAUAACAUCUUUGUAUCAGGAAAUGAGUGAAGACGGAACUCCAGUUACCUUGUACAUUUAUGACCUGAGCAAAGGAUUAGCUCCAGCUAUAUCUCCAUUCCUUAUAGAUGAAGAAAAGAAUGGCACAAAUACAUCCGGAUCCGCUGAAAAUAAUAUGAAUUCUUCCAGUGAGACUGAAGAUAGCAGGAAUGUUAAGUCUUGCGAAGUAGUUGAGGGCAUCUGGCACACUAGUAUUGUAAUCUACGGCAAAGAGCACUUUUUCGGCUCUGACGGAAUAUCAAUAUGUGAUCCAGGUGGAACAGUACUAGGCGAACCACAGAGAACGGUUGAUUUAGGUGUUACGUACAUUCCAAGAGCAGUCUUCGAUGAUUAUCUAGAAGGCCUCCGAUCGAGCACUUUCAAAGGUGACCAGUAUAAACUAUUGAAGCACAACUGUAAUAAUUUUUCAAAUGAACUCAGUCAGUUCCUAGUUGGACAAAAAAUUCCUCAGUACAUUCUAGAUCUUCCUGAACAUAUUCUAGCAAAACUUAGUGGCUCGGGCUUUGGGCAACAGUUGAAUGGAAUUUUGAGCAAUUUAUCUGCUUCUAUUCAGCCAACCAACGGAAGGAGAGAAGAUAGUCCUGAUUACGUACAAUUGACUUCCGCUAUCGAAGAAGCCAGGCGAACGUCUCACGUGCUCGAGGAGAAAAGGAACGAGCUGAAUGAGAAGUUAGCCAGACGAGAAAAGAAGAAGAACAAGAAGAAACGCAAAGAAUCGAAAAGAGCUUGUAGUGUUAUAUCGAACGGCCACUCAUCAAGUGGCGAAAUAUUUUCCGAAGUCAGCCGUUACAGAGAGGAGCAAAGCAGAAUGUCUGAGCCGGUAGAAGUGAUUCCCAGUGCCGAAAAUGGCGGAAAUCACGUGACUAGCCAAGAGGUUGAUGACCUUGAGGCCGAGGAGAGGAGGGAGAGAGAGGAGAGGAAGAAGAUGCGUGAUCCUCCCGUUGUCUUCCGUGACCUCCUUGAUAUCCGAGUGGAAUUCGACGCAUUAGUUGGGCUAAUCGACGGCAAAUUAUCACCUGAAGAAAUGCAAAGUCUCGAGGAGUUGCAUCAGUACAUGCUCGAAGACGAAGGUUCAUGGGCGCUGGGAGACUCAUUUCUUACCUUCAUUGACCGAUUACUGCACGACAAAACUCUGUCGGAAGAAGUCGCCAUAAAAACGCUGAACGUGCUGGCAUGUGCGGCGCUGAAAGAUGACGUCAUUCUUCUGCUGCACCAGGACCGCAAAGAGCACAUCCUCAUGAACUAUGCCAACGAAGUCGAUAGGCUGCCUCUCGAACAGCAGAAGGGACUUGCUUUAUUUAUGUGCAACCUAUUUGAAAACAUCAGCAGUUCGGAGUGGAUGCUGUACAUAUCGGAGUGGCAGUUGGGGACGACGCAGAUCAGCAACAUCCGGGUGACGACCAAGGUCGCAGUGAACUCUCUGCUAUCCGACAACGCCGACCUCAAGGACAGGGGAUCCGCCAUUGUGCACAACCUCGCCUGCAAGGAGAAAAUGCUUCAAAACAAAAAUUUGAGGCGAAUGCUGCCUACAGGAAGCGUAUCGAAGGUUUUCGACGACGUUGCGGUUGAGCUGACAAUGGCGAUCCUGCAGUUCUUCAACUCUUCACCGCCCGAGGAGCACCUGUUCAGGUGCAUGAAGGCGCUCACCCGCUUCUGCCAGAUCUCAUCACAGGACGUGCCCCAGCUGAUUCAGAUGAUCGGCCCCAACCCUUCCACCUUCAAGGGCAAGUCCGAGCGAAUCGACAACUGCAUAGCCGAGAUCUCAAAGAAACUACGCUGACACCGCACUAAGUCUAUGUCCACCAAUUGUCUCUAACAUCUCGAGACUAUUGUCAUAUUACUAUUGUAUUCGAGACACCUUUUGUACAUUGACACCACACAAUAAAAACGUCUACCAGUAACAAUUUAUUCAUUGUGUCUCCAAGAGAACGACCUAUUGUACAUUGACUGCAAUGAAGAUUGUAUAUUUCAUUCAAAGAAAUUACUCUGACACCACACAAUAACAAUGUCUACCAAUAACAAUAAUUUAUUGUCUCUACAAGAGACCUAUUGUACAUUGAAGAAGAUUGUAUAUUUUAUAAAACAAGCUAGCUCAAUCUGAUGAUGCUUCCUCACAUUUUAUUUGCUACGUUGUCGUUUUGUCCCUAAAUAAUUGUGUAUUUGAAUAAAGUGAUUCUUAUUUAAUA